CUAGUAAAGUGGAUGAGGUAGCAGCAGUAGUAGAUGUACUAACAGGCAACAGCAUAGGAAGAAGAGAGCAGCAAACAUGGCUCUUCUCUCUUUCUCUCCCUCCUUCUCUCUCGUCACGCCCACUCAUCAUCGCCUUCACUCGAAUCCUCUCUUCUUUAGAAACCAGAGCAGGAUUGUGAGUAUGAUGCAGCACAAGAAUGGCGGGUUCGAUGAUAUGCUCCAGCCCUGCUCAAGUUCUACCUCGGAACCCACUUCUCAAAUUGGCUUUUGGAGACGGGACUUUCUUCUCUUUGGCCUUUCUUCUUCACUUCUCUCGCUUUUCCCAUCUUCAGGUUCUUUUGCAGAAGAGGAUUCGAAGAUGGUUCCGUUUGUUGAUGAGUUAAAUGCUUAUUCUUAUCUCUAUCCAGUGGAAUUGCCAUCCAAGAAGCUCCUCUUCAAAUGGGUGGAAUCCAGAAAGCCAGAACGAUAUUCAUCAGCAGCACCGCUAUCUCCCGAUGCACGCCUACGAAUUGUGUCUGAGCGUGUUGACUUUAUUGACAAUCUGAUAAUUUCUGUAUCGAUAGGUCCUCCAAAUUCAGGGCUUCUAAAAUCAAAAGACAAAAAUACAUGGGCAGCUAAAGAUGUUGCUGAUUCUGUUUUGUCUGAUAAGUCUGCACUGCGAGUCACCUCAAGUCAGCGCAUGAGUGAAAGUUCAGUUCUUGAUGCACAUUCUACUGAAAUUGAUGGUCAGCCUUACUGGUUCUAUGAGUAUCUGGUUCGCAAGUCACCUACAAAAACAGCUCAAGAAUCAAGUAUUUACCGGCAUUAUGUUGCUUCAACAGCUGAACGAGAUGGUUAUUUGUACUCUCUGAAUGCCUCCACCCUUAACAAGCAGUGGGACAAAAUGGGGCCUCUGUUGCAAAAAGCUGUGGAAUCUUUUCGACUUCUUCCUGCAACUGAAGAAUAUGUCCCUCCAUUCAAGGACCCCUGGAGAUUUUGGUGAUAGGGAAUUAGAAGAUCUUUUAUAUUUUUCCCCUUGACACCAAUAUGUGAAGUUAAAGGGUUUUAAGAAUCUUUGCUGUUUUCUUUGUACGAGUUUGAUGACUUAAUAAUAUCCUCUAGACCUAGUUUCUCAUAAAGUUUUCUCACUUGUACAAGAUGCUCAAAACUUUCCCACCUAACCCAAUUUUGGUGAAAAUUUUCAGCAGUGAAUGAGAGAGACAAACGCUAUUGGUAAAUCUCGUUUCUAAACACAUUUUUGUGAACGACUGCUCGGUGAUAAGUCUUCUAUUCUAUAUAUGGGGGUAUUUUUUUGUUUUUGUCCCACAUCGAAAGGAAACAAACAGUUGAAGGGGCAAAACGAGUAUAUAAGUGAGUUAAGGGGACACGAGUAACAUACUUACCUGGACGGGGUCUAUGAGCGAUCAAGUAGACUCAUGGCCUAGGCUGGUGACCUCCAUUGCACUUAGGAGGGGUGCCCGCCUAUGGUCUCCCCAAGUGGGAGAGCCAACGUCAUAAUUUGUGGCAGUGGGGGCCAGCGUACGCGCGGCCCCUGU